AUGGAAAACGGUGCCACCGACGCAAAAGAUCCUUCGGGCUUCCUCAGCGAGAUCAUUGGUGCCCCGGUCACAGUCAAGCUGAACUCUGGCGUCGUCUACAAGGGCGAGCUUCAGUCCGUCGAUGGCUACAUGAACAUUGCUCUCGAACAGACCAAGGAGUAUGUCGACGGCAAGCUGCGGAGGAACUACGGCGAUGCCUUUGUAAGAGGCAAUAACGUCAUGUACAUUUCCGCCGAUCACUGA